AUGCCUCAACCGUCCGCAACGCCAUUACUCCAGCCCGAGAAUCAAACGCAAGCCCCAGCCCAAGACCGAGUCAAGACUGUCUCUCCACACCAGCAUUUCCACAUGCUCGACACAAGUUUCCCCGAAAGCCACAUGCGAACUCGGCUCUGGGCGCUGCCGUUUCCGCAUCCAAAGUGGGGUGUUGAGACGGAUACGGGACGGGUGUAUGAGGAUGUGGGGUUGAUGGUGGAGGCGUGGCGGGGUGAUGAUGAUGAUGAUGAUGAGGGGGAGGGGGUUGUAAGGGAGAGUGUUGAGGGGAGGGGAGAAGAGGCUGGGAUAGUGAGUGUGGAGAAGAAGAAUAAGACGAAAGAGAAGAAGAGGAAAAGAGAAAGCGGAGGAGAGGAAGAAAGGAGAAACAAGAGGAAACAAGACUGA